GAAAUGAAUUAAAAUGCAAAAUCGCAUAAGCUAGAUCUACAGAGAGAAACCAGUGUUGUCAAGAUGGAGGAUAUGGGGAUACACCAUAGAAUGGUUGAUGUAAAUGGAAUAAAAAUGCAUAUAGCAGAGAAAGGACAAGGUCCAGUGGUACUACUGGUUCAUGGAUUUCCAUCACUCUGGUAUUCAUGGAGGCAUCAAAUUCUCUCGUUAGCUGCUUCUGGUUACAGAGCUGUAGCUCCUGAUUUACGCGGCUACGGCGAUACUGAUGCACCCACUUCUCCACACUCUUAUACAUGUUUUCACAUAGUUGGUGAUCUUGUUGCACUUAUUGAUACCCUUGGUCAAGACAAGGUGUUUGUAGUUGGGCAUGACUGGGGAGCGAUUAUGAGUUGGUAUCUUUGUUUGUUUAGACCAGAUAAGGUUAAAGCUUUGGUGAAUUUAAGUGUUGCAUUUACUCCUAGAAACCCUAAGUAUAAGCCAAUUGAGACCAUGAGAGCUGCUUAUGGUGAUGAUUACUACAUGAUUAGAUUUCAGGAGCCUGGAGAGAUGGAAGCUGAGUGUGCUAGUAGUGGGACGGAAACUGUCCUCACAAAGAUACUUAGUUACACUAAUCCAGCUCCACUUAUGGUACCUAAAGACAAAGGGUUCACGUCUGAUCAUCCAGCUACCUUGCCGCCGUGGUUAACGUUGGAAGACAUUUGUUAUUACACUAGUAAAUUUGAAAAAUCAGGCUUCACAGGACCAUUCAACUAUUACAGAAAUAUGAAUGUAAACUGGGAAUUGACUGCACCUUGGACAAGGGUACAGGUGAAGGUACCAGUCAAGUUUAUGGUAGGAGACCAAGAUUUGAGCUAUCAUAUUCCGGUUGUGAAGGAAUAUAUACACAGCGGUAGAAUGAGAAAAGAUGUACCAUUUCUGCAAGAAGUAGUUGUACUUGAAGGGGUUGGCCAUUUCAUAAUGGAGGAAAGGGCAGAAGAAAUCAGCAGCCAUAUCAUCGAUUUCUUACAGAGAUUUUGAGAAAGAGAUUUGGAAAACGUUAUAUUCUAUCUGUCUACCCCAUAAGAGAUGUCAAGUCCACAUCUUUGUGUCCAUUACUUCAUCAUCCAGUACAAGUAUCUAUACUUUCAAACCUCAAUCCCCACCACUUAAUUGUGUGUCAGUGAGGGAGAAGAGAGAGAGCAUAAAGCAGAAAAAGAAACAUGGACAUGCUUAAGACUCACAAGAAUUCUCUCUGAGUCAUUUUAAAGAAACGAACUCUAUGUGAGGGUGUGUUUCGUGAAAAACACCACCCUGAAU